AUGAUCCUAGGUUACCCUCUCUUCUCCGGCCAGUCCAGCGUCGACCAGUUAGUUAGGAUCAUCCAAGUCUUAGGCACCCCGACGGAGGAGCAGAUGAAAGUUAUGAACCCGAACUAUGCAGAUGUGAAGUUCCCUGAUGUGAAGCCAAAGGAUUUAAAGAAGGUCUUUCCGAAGGGUACCCCCGAAGACGCCAUAAACUUUGUGUCCAGAUUUCUCAAAUAUGAACCCCUGAAACGGCUUAGCCCGAUCGAAGUACUGCCGAGGGCCCUAGCGGAUCCCUUCUUCGAUGACCUAAGGGACCCUUGCAUCAAGCUACCCAAGUACAUCGACAAGCUCCCCGAGCUGUUCAACUUCACCGACGCGGAAAUUAAGGAAAUGUCAGACGCCUGCAGGCGAAAAUUAACCUCUAAAAAUACCUACGAGGCAUACGAACAGUACCUAAUGAGUAAAACGAGCGAAGGAUCUAACAUGACUGAGAAUUUGAGUAAAGAGUUUGGUGAAUCCAAGAUGGAGACUAAAUCCAAUCGCGCGGUGAACCUCGCCUGA